CAUGGCGAGAGCCGAGCAGUGGUGCUGAUGUGGAGAGGAGCCCAGGGUACCACUAAUUGAGGGAGUGAGGAAGGGAGCAGCUCGCUUCUAACCGGACUGCAGCGUCCUGAGCUGGUGACAGACCUACUCUGUGGCCCUCAGUCAGAUUCAGCUCUCACCUUCCAGAAAACAUGACCCUCGCUGCCUACAAGGAAAAGAUGAAGGAGCUCCCGCUGGUGUCUCUGUUCUGCUCCUGUUUCCUGGCCGACCCCCUGAAUAAGUCAUCCUAUAACUAUGAAGGCUGGUGUGGGAGACAGUGUAGGAGAAAAGAUCAAAGCCAGCGGAAAGACAGUGCUGACUGGAGAGAAAGAAGAGAGCAGGCUGACACGGUAGACCUGAACUGGUGUGUGAUCUCCGACAUGGAAGUCAUCGAGCUGAACAAAUGCACCUCCGGCCAGUCCUUUGAAGUCAUCCUGAAGCCGCCCUCCUUUGAUGGGGUGCCCGAGUUCAAUGCCUCCCUCCCCAGGCGAAGAGACCCAUCGCUGGAAGAGAUACAGAAGAAACUAGAAGCAGCUGAAGAGCGGAGGAAGUACCAGGAAGCUGAGCUCCUGAAGCACCUCGCCGAGAAACGGGAACACGAGCGGGAGGUGAUCCAAAAGGCCAUCGAGGAGAACAAUAACUUCAUCAAGAUGGCUAAAGAAAAGCUGGCCCAGAAGAUGGAAUCCAAUAAGGAGAACCGGGAGGCCCACCUUGCUGCCAUGUUGGAACGGCUGCAAGAGAAGGAGCCGCCUGCUGCGCGGUGACUCCCGGGACCCGAUCGGUGGCCUCGUCCCAUGGACAAGCACGCGGAAGAGGUGCGGAAAAAUAAGGAGCUGAAGGAAGAGGCCUCCAGGUAAAGCCCAGAGGCCAAAGAAGUUUCCAGAACAGCCGGACAGCUCCAGCAGCUCCGCGUUCCCGAGGCAGCUCGCCCGCCGCUGGCUGCUCUCGCAGCACUGGGGUUUGGGGGGAGGGGGGCGACCAGGGGUGUUCCCUCUGCUUUUGGUGUUUGUACAUGUAAAGAAUUGAUCAGUGAAGCCAUCCUAUUUGUUUCUGGGGAACAAUGAUGGGGUGGGAGAGGGGAGAGGAGAGAGGUGGGAAAGGGAGAUGGAGAAGGAUUCAUGGACAUUGCAACCCUGCCCACCGCAGACUCAGGUCAAGUCCAGGCACCAUGUUGAGAAGUUGAAAACAGAGCAGAAGUCUGAGAGAAGGGCAGAGUCCUGAGUGGGGCAGCGGCUGCAGGGUGUGGCCACCUGCAAGGGGGUGGGGGGUCCCAGAGGUGUUGCUUCAGCCCUGCAACAGAUGGGAUGAGGUCUGAGUGUGUGCGUGUUAACCAUCAUCUUUUGAUCAUCAUGACCAAUGAAACAUUUA